AAGGGUAAAGGGUUGGCUAUUUGUAACGUUCUACCCUCUUCAUCUCCUUUGACAAGAUCUCAACGAAAACAAGCCAACCACAAAUCAACAUUGUUAGGAAUCUCAUGUACCUAUUUAUCUCACCAAGUCGGUGGAUAUAUUAUCAGGUAUCACAAUGGCAACUCCCGACGGUUACCAAGUUACCGUCUGGCGGUUACCGUUCCAGCUACUACCCAUUUUUCAUCAGUUUCCCCUCUUUACCAAGCAUUUUUAAAGCUUCGCUUUCCCAAUUCAACUGUACAGACAUAUUUUGUAACUCGUUAACUGGUACCUACAUCAGACCAGAUGAGUCCGGUGCCAUGUUAUCCAGACAACUUUCCAAGAACCAGAUGGCACAGAGACGUCAAUGCAAUUUCCCGUUAGCCGUGUGAUGGCAGCCAUACAUCGUUACAUGGUCAACUGCGUUUCUCGUCCUUCUUAGCAUCAUUGUGGGGGGCUGUCAAGUGUAACUAGCCAUGCCUAGACGCUUGCUGUGAAGUGCUGUAUCGUCACAAUCAUAUGAAGCCAUUAUGGGUGACGGGUAUAAAAACUUUCAACGCUUCGGAGAAUUAUUUGACAGCUCACUGCAUAUCUGGUUUACUUUUUGACUCAUCUAUCUGCCUCGAUUUUGCCAAAAAUUAUUUCUGGUUCAUA